AUGGCCGCUACGCCUGAGCAAGCGAGAGCACUCGAACUUGCACAAGACGCCACUAAACACAUAGCCGUGGGCGACUUUGCCCAAGCCGGGCGGUCGCUGCGGGAGGCAUCGAGCAUCGCCCCAGAGGAUCCGGCAAUAAAAGCAAUAUGGCAGAAUCUUAAGGUUGAAGAAAGCAGAAGCGCGGUUCUCAAAGCAUGCCGAAAGUGGCUCAAAACGAAAAACGAGGAUGAUGGCGAAGCAGCGUUGGACGUCUUACACCACACCCAGUUCACGGACGAUGUCGCCAAGGAAGCCAUGGAGGUCCUCGUGGAGUUCGCUGGAGAAGACGACAUGGCAGACCAGCUUACUGCGGAACUCCUGAAGCAUCGAGGAGCCAGACGUCUCCUAGCAAGCCGAUUCUCCGGGAAACCUCAUUUCGUCUGGAUGCGAUUGUGGGAAAGAGGUGACGACAGCGUCGAUGCGCUUACUACUAUGCUUCUGGACCCUGAAUCCUGGCCGUCAGAGAAAGCCCGCAUUGCGGCUGAAAGAGAUGUGUUCCAAUUGGCACUGGCAAUGCUGAUGGCGGCCGGGCUCGAUCACCCUGAUCGUGCAAUGAAGGCCAUCUCGCGGCUCCUGGCCGCAGAAGCAUCCCAUCUCCACGGCCUCAUCGACGCUGACGGCUUCGAUGUCAUCCUCUCUUGCUUGGACAUCCGCCUACCGAACACGCUUCGGAGCCAGGCUACCCUGGCCACCGCGAAGCUCAUGGAGCUUUCCCCAGACACCGGCCGGAAACUGAUCAAGAGUUUUGUAACAUCGAGAUUCCUUAAGCCGACUACGGAGAGUUUGAUCGUAGCCUGUUCUGCGUCUGCUGCAAUGUUCCCUCUCGCCCCUCCCGCCGCCGCGAAGCUCUUCCUGACAGAUGGAUUUGCUGGGCAACUCGUCCACCUAGUCAAGGGUCACAAGAGCACCAGACUGGAACAAGCGGCACUGGAGCUACUCAGCGCUGCUUGCAUUGACAAGGCAUGCCGCGAAGCUAUCAGCACCAUGUGCAAAGACUGGUUGCAGGGUAUCGUGGACAGCGGAACGGACAAGAGGAGGUCCAACCUCGCUGCUCUUAUUCUCGUUAAGUUAAGCGACGCGAAGCCGGACAAUGGCGGAACUGAGCAGAAAGUAUCUGAAGUCGGUAAAGAUGAUCAAGCGGAACUUGUGCAGCGCUUCAAGAGCAUGGUACUGGAAUCUGGUGGCAGCGGCAUCCAGGACUCUGUGGAAGGACUCGCAUAUGCUUCUCUUCGGCCAGAGGUUAUGGAGGAGCUCGUCAACGACAGCGCCUUCUUGCGUGAGCUUAUUACAGCUUUGCAGGAUCCUGCUUCUGGCCCGUCACUUGCCUUCGGCGGACUGACUAUUCUAUCUAACGUUACGGCGUACAGACCCACUCUUUCGGAGGAGCAGAAGAAGAUGUCACAACUGAAAGCUUACGCCAACGCAUCAAAACCGCAGGCUGCGGAUCCACUGGACGACGAUGCACAUGUCACGGCUCGCUGUCAAAAGGUCCUCAACGCGGGCGUCGUACCAUUACUGGUCUUCUAUAGUCGACGAGUCUCCCCAAAUCUUCAAAAUCUUAUAUUCCAGAUCCUCGUCUCCAUCUCCAAAGAGCCAAAACACCGCGGCCUCAUGGCCCAGCAAGGCGCUGCAAAGCUGCUCCUCCAGCUCACCGAACCACCGUCCUCCAAACCGACGCCAACUCCAGAAGAUGCGGCACCCACCUCCUCAUCGACCCGCACAGCCGCCCACGCACUGGCCCGCAUUCUCAUAUCCGUAAACCCGGCCCAUCUCUUCACUACCAGCGCCGCUCUCCCCAUCACAUCCGCUAUCCGCCUCCUCAGCACCCUGCUCACUCCUGACCCCACCACCGAGCAGCGCGACCUCCUCCCCCUCUUCGAGGGCCUUCUCGCACUCACCAACCUCGCUUCCCACGACGACCCCGCGCGCACCGCCAUCCUGCGUCUCGCGUUCCCGGCCCUUGAGGACCUUCUCCUCUCCUCGCAUACUUUCAUCCAGCGCGCCGCCGUCGAGCUAGUCUGUAACCUGAUGGCCUCGCCUGAAGGCGUCGCGAAGUUCGCAGACGGGAGCAAGCAGGCGAUUCAGCGACUACACGUGCUGCUUGCCCUGGCGGACGCGGAAGAUCUCGCCACGAGGCGCGCGGCGGGGGGUGCGUUGGCCAUGUUGACGGAGUGGGAUCAGGCGGUUGAGGCGGUGCUGGCACGGGAGAGGGGCGUGGAGAUUUUGCUGGGGCUGUGUGGGGAGGAAAAUGAGGAGUGUGUGCAUCGUGGGGUCGUGUGUGUGGGGAAUUUGGUGAGUGCGCCGGAGGAGGUGGGCGUGAGGGCUAGGGAGAAGGUCAAAGCGGAGGGGGGAGUGGAGAUUUUGAGAGAGCUGCUGGGGAAGACUAAGAACCAAGAAAUUUUGAGAGCAGGUGUGGAAGCGCUGAAGGCAUUGGCUUGA